AUGAUACAGAGAAAAACACGCACACAUGUGGUUGAAGGUCCUACAGUGGAAAAGAGUGAUCUGCCCAUGAGUUUUGUCUUUAAAAUGGGCAAAGUACCAGCUGUUGUGAGCAGUUUAGUGCAAGAUAUGCGACGUGUGAUGGCCCCGUAUACAGCUGACAAGCUACGCGAGAAACGCAAGAAUACACUCAAGGAUUUUAUCCACGUCGGUGCUCCAUUGGGCGUCACGCACUUUGUUUUCUUUACAAAUACAGAGGCUGGUACCAAUCUCAAGAUUGCACGUAUUCCACGUGGUCCGACGUUGUCAUUUAAGGUGAUCAAGUACUCGCUCAUGAGUCAAAUGCACUUGGUAGUGCGACGUCCAGUGGAUGCCUCGUUGGCACUCAAGUCAAAGCCAUUGGUAGUGCUUAACAACUUUACAACCCCUGAUGAUCACAUUAAGUUGAUGAACGUGACGUUUCAGAACAUGUUUCCCGCUAUUGACGUGCAGACGGUCGCAUUAGCGGAAUGCAGACGUGUGGUUUUGUUUAACUAUGAGAAAGAGACGGACACGGUUGAGUUUCGUCAGUAUGUGAUUCGUGCGGCACCGCUUGGACUGUCAAAAAGUGCCAAGACAAUUGUGAAGGCGAAGGUGCCCAAUUUAAAUCAUUAUGAGGAUAUCAGUGAAUACGUGCUGGGUAACGGUGCUGGUAUUGGCUUAACUUCGGAUAGUGAGGUGGACGAUGAGGCAUCGCAUGUGACGCUCCCGGACUCGUUUCGUGGUCGUGGCAACCUCAAAGCAGGGAAGAGUGCUGUGCGAUUAACGGAGAUUGGACCGCGACUGACACUUAAACUGACCAAGGUUGAGCGUGGCAUUUGCGAGGGUGACGUGCUGUAUCACGCGUACAAGACCAAAACUCCAGAAGAGUCUGCCAAGGCAAAAGCAAAGCAUGAAGCAGCUAUGGCGCUCAAGCGGCAGCGGCGUGAAGAGCAGGAGGAGAAUGUGGCAAAGAAACAAGAGGUCAAAAAUGCAAAGAAACAGCUCAAGGCUGAACGCAAGCGCAAGCGCGAGGAGGGCGACGAUGACGAGCACGAUGAAACUACUGCCAACAGUGGUGGAAAUGACGACAAUUCUGAACUGGACGAUGCAGACUACUACCGCCGAGAGGUUGGCGAGGAGCCUGAUACGUACAUGUUUUCUGAGAAGAAGAAGGAAACAAAAGGCAAGAAACAAAUGUCCACCAAGACCAAGUCUGCAGCUGUACAAAAGCCGUCAGAGGUGGCAGCUUCUGACAAAAAACAUCGCUUCAUGCGGCCCGGUGCCAAAGCUCCCAAGGGUCAAGUCAUCCGCCAGCGCCAACGGAAGAAGUAG